AUGAAGGAUCUUUUGUCUAAGAAGAGGAAGUUGAAAGAUGGUGAGACUGUGGCUUUAACGGAGGAAUGUAGCGCCCUGAUUCAAAAGAAGCUUCCUCCAAAGUUAAAAGACCCAGGAAAUUUCAGCAUUCCUAUUGUUAUUGGAGAUGUGGAAGUAGGAAAAACACUUUGUGACUUGGGAGCAAGUAUAAAUUUGAUGCCAUUGUUUGUCUGCAGAGCUUUGGGGAUGAACAAGUUGAAAGACACUAAUGUUAUUCUGCAUCUAGCAGAUAGAUCAAUUAAGAGACCAGAAGGGGUGGUAGAAGAUGUUCAAGUCAAGGUUGAUAAAUUCAUUUUCCCUGUGGAUUUUGUAAUUCUAGAUAUGGAAGAGGAGGAUACUGAAAGUGCUCUACUCCUAGGGAGACCAUUCUUAGCCACUGCAAGAUCCUUGAUUGAUGUUGAACAAGGAAAGUUGAUGUUAAGGGUGAAUGAAGAAACAGUCACCAUUGAUGUGUUUGAAGCUAUUAAACAUCCUGUUGUGGAAGAAGUGAUAGAAGAAGAAAACUCUUCACUUGAGGAAGACAAAUUCAAGGAGGAGACAAGUGUGGAGUAUUAUAAGGAGGAACCGGAAGUUGAAGAGUUAGAAAAGAAAGUAGAUGAUAUUUCUAAGGGAGCACCCAAGGUGGAACUGAAGGAACUUCCUUCAAAUCUCAAGUAUGUGUUUCUUGGAGAUGAUCAAACCUACCCAGCGAUCAUUAAUGCAUUGUUGUCUGAAGGGGAGGAAGUAAAGUUGAUUGAGGUGCUUAAAAAGAACAAGACAGCCAUGGGCUGGUCAUUUUCAGACCUUAAGGGUAUCAACCCUUCUUUCUGCACUCAUAAAAUAUUGAUGGAAGAGGAGGUUAAACCAGUGAGGCAACCAUAG